AUGCAACAUUUAAGAUUGUAUUCAACGGUAGAAACACUUUCCAAAGAACUGCCGAAAUUAUCCAAAAAUAACAAUACAAUUCUACAGUAUCGGGAACCAAUUGCACCUUCUAAUGUUCUACAUCCAUUCUAUGAACCUUCCAAACUGGAAAAAUUCACCUUGUGCUUUACAGAAAAUAACCCAACUUUAUGUAAUGGGGAAGCUAUAAUACCAACUGUUACAAAACGGUCUAAUUGGCCAAAACCCAAAUUGGUUAACGGCAGUAUUACGUUUAACACCUCGAGAGGAAUAAAUAAAUGGCUUGAAGAAUAUAGAGCUUUGAAAGAUUCGGGUCAUAGAACGGUUCACUUUACUAGGAUAAACAAAGAGGCUGACGUAAAGGACUUUCUAAAACCAUGUUUCCUUAAUGAACUUUCCCAUCCUGAAUUGAAGCAACUAUUUACAACACUCAAAGAAGAAAGGGGGAUUGAAUAUAUAUAUGCAAGCAUCAAUAAUAUUGUUCUGGAGAACAAAGGUUUAUUUCAUGAAGAUCUUUAUCAGUUUCUACUGCAAGAUAGUCGUAUCAAUAAGAUAGAAAGUUUAACUUUGAUAGUGAAAUCCAUUAACCAUCAUCUUCACUCUGUCAUCGAUCAUUUAAAUCUGAUAGAUCCGCUCCUCCUACGAAUAAUGAUUGCAAUUCAAGAAAGGAAUUUCCCAAUAACUGAAGAGAUGACCAAAUCCCUCAUGAAACUUCUUGAAUCCAUCAAUGAGAGGUUUAACAUUAAGAAUUGUCUCUAUAGCUUCCAUCCUAUCACAAGGCAAUAUCUUUUAGAUUUCUUCCUGCAGGCAGAAAAAUUGACAGAGUCUAAAACUUUAAUUUCUUCAAUUGUUGCGGAUAAGAGAAUUCCAGAGGAUCAAUCAGUUCUUCAAUAUUUCCAGUUAUUAGACAAAUUUUUUAAAAACGAUAAGUCUAACUCAUUCUUUCUGAAUAAAUUAUUAUGCCUUUCAGAUAUUCUCCCCAUUUUGCGAUCCUCAAAGAAUCCAUUAAUGUUCAAGUAUAUCAUUCAAGUAUGUCGAACUUUUAAUGAAGUAGAAAGCUUGAUACGCAUCAUGCGAGAAUGCGAAGGAAAUUGUAAAGAGCUUAUAUUAUCUACCAUGGAUUCAUUUAUUGUUCAAACAAACAGCUUUUCCGUUGAUGAAAUGACCAAUUCGGCCAAUUUGUCCACUUUGUAUGGUCUAACGAAAGAACUAUGUAGAGAUGAAGUUCCCAAUGAAUUAAUAAUAAAAUUCUUACUCGCAUUUGCAUUAAACCAGAACUAUUUCAUGAUGUCCUUAUUAAUAGCGAGGUCAAACCUAACACUCACAUCGCAAGUUAUUAAUCAAAUCCAAGAAAAUAUCGGAAAGAGACGUGUAAUUCAUGGAAAUGUGGGAUAUGAUGAACGAUCGAAAGAAAUAUUCAUGCAAAAGAUAUUAUUAAUAAAUAAAUGA